AUGAAGAGAACAGCAAUUUACUGUAUCGUUUACAUCACUUUGCUAACAGUUACAACUCCGGCAAUAUGUCUCCUCACUGAGUCAGCGGACGAACAACAUGAAAACCAGAAAAGAUAUGCUGUCGCUGCUCUGCCACUAUAUGCAGGGGUUGCAGUUUCACCAUGGGUCUGGGCGGCGCUUAUUGCCGCUUAUGGUGUAGCAGCACUUUACGAGUAUUCCGUCUCUAGAACUUCAUCUGACAGUCACUCUUGCGCAAAUAACAGAGGCUGGUGUAGAGAUCCAUGCCAAAGCCAUGAAUAUAUUGACCAUUACAAUACUCCCGUAUGUGGAAAUCUUACUUGCUGCAGAACUAGAAUAUAAGAUUAAUUCGACGCUAUUUGUAUUUGUUUUCAAAUAAACAAGAAUAGAUUAAA